CGCGGCGAGUCGAGACUAUCUCUCCCUGAAGACAGUUAUUUUAUUAAUAAAUUUGUGAAUUAACUUAAUUGUAUUAAAUUAAAAUUAAAAAUGAAUUACUUCAGACUGAUUUCGUUUUUGAUGGUUUUAUCAGUAUUGAUUACAACCUCGACGACAGCUCCCGCAACAAACAAAAAUUUAAAUAAGAACGUGUUCGAAAUUAUACAAAAUCCAUGCCACUACAAUGGUCACAAAAUAAGACAUCAACGAUCCACUCAAGAUCCUGCUUUCAAUGUCCGAUGGCAUGUAAAUACAACUCGUCGAUUAACCGACGGAAUACUUAAAGAAUUCAGAAGAAUGUACGACAAAUCAAAAAUGAAACUUACAACUAGCAAAUUUACUGUUCCCAAACAAAUAAAUCAACGAGUAAAAUUUUACUUGAAACUUCAACUUUACGUUAAAGCCAUACGUAUGUUGACCGAACGAGAAUUUGAAAGUGCGGGUAAAAUUGAUGCGGGGAAGAGAUUGUCUAAUCUCACAAAACUUUACAAUGAAUCCACCAUCCUUCUUUGCGAAAUGAGCGAUGACCUCCACUAUCAUAAUCUAACGACACAGCAAGGUAUCGAUCAUUUGGAAGUACCGCUGCCCAUUUCAAAUCAAAGCGAUAGAACAACGAUCAGUAUCGAAGAUCAAGGAGUUUUGAAGCAUUACAAGAAGUUUUUAAUAAAAUUAGCGCAGUUUUAUCACCCGGCCAAGAAAGGUAGGAGAAAUGAAAAAGGGAACAAAAGUGGGAAAAAUACAAGGCGGAAAGAUGGGAAAGAAAACAAGCGAAAAGGAAAGAAAGGGUCUAAAGGGCAGAAUGUAAAGAAGAACAAGAAAUCAUCUUCAUCUUCUUAACGGUUAUAAAGUUGUUUCUAUUACAACCUAUUGUGAUAUUUAAAAACCUAGUGAUUAUUUCGUGCAAAAAUAGUGUUUUUGGAAUUUUUUGGGGAUAAAUUAUAAAAAAAAAAUCAAAAGAGAUGUUAAAAAAAUUUGGAUCUGUAAGAUUAACAUUAAGACAUCAUUACGAGGUGUUAAAAAACUUUUUCUUGCCGACUUAAUUGUUGAAUUAUUAUAUGUUACUGUGAUAAUGACAACCUAUAGUAUUAUGACGAAAUGUGUAUAUACUCUAGACUCAUUUUUUUUAUGAUAUACAUUUUGUAAAUAUUGUUAUUUAUUAAGGUACUUAUUUAUUAAACCUAAUUUAUAUUUUAUCGCGCAUCGUCUCCAUUCCACCUAAUUUAUUUCACUUUCUUUGUGUCUUCAAUUUUAUACAAAUUCGAUUUAUAAAAUUCGAGAAUCUCUUUUUCGAGAAAUGUUUUAAUUGUAAUAAAAUUAUUUAAUACAAUUUUUUAAACGA